UUCGCCUUUCUUUCACAUUACAUCUUCCUCACUCCCGGUCCCCCGCCCCGCCAUUUUCACCGUCUGACGUGCUUGUGCUUCUCUGCUUCUCUGCUUCUCUGCUUCUCUGCUCCCUUUGCUCCCUCUGCUCCUUCUGCUCCUCUGCUCCUCUGCUUCCAACAUUUACGGAGUAUACUCUGCGAAUAAAUACAUGGUAUCUCCGUCCCUGCAGCUCUGCGCGUUCCUUCGGCAGUAGCAGCAUAGUCGUAACCCAACCCAAUAAUCCACACUACCUCCCCCGCACCUUCAAUUCGCCCCGACAGACCUGGCGGUCUUGUUCUGUUACCCUACCAAAGCCUAAAGUCUCCUAGUCCUAGCCCGCCAUGGACAACAUGCCUACCUCGAUCGCCAUUCCCGACCAGCGCCAUCGCCAGGCGAACCGCCAGGAUGGCUCGUCGCCGUCGUCGUACUCUAGCUCCCCGAGCACGCCAGGCCACUCUCCCAAGGCCUCACCUAGGGCUCCUCAGAAGCAAAAGGUGCACGCCAGACGACCCAGCCUUUUGAGCUCUGCUUUCACCAAGCAGGAGUGCACGACCAUCCGGAUUGGCGGCGAGGAUCACGAAGGACCCAUGAGACUGGUGACCUACCUCGAGAGGGGACAAGGCUUCGUCUGGAAUCCCGAAAUCUUCCUGCCAUCCAUGAGCGACUUUGAAUACACCCCGCUCGACCAGCGCCGUGAUCCCAUCGUCGAGAUCCACAUCAGUGACGAGGAGAUCAAGAAAAUGCUGCCUCAAUAAACGUCCAAGGCGCACACACAGGCAGCCAUGUUUGGCAAGAACAGCAUGAUUAUACUACAACGAUUUUCACGAACCGUAUUCCACGACAACUCAACUCAUCAACCACUAUUAGACAAGCUUUCUUUUUUCUGUCAGAAACUCUCGACAAUUGUUCAGCAUCAGUAUUCACUUCGACUUCUUACCUCGUCCAACCUCCAGCAGCCGUCUACUCGACGAGGAAAACCAUCACAUAAGUGGACAGGAGGUCGUCAUUGAUUUUCCGGCUCUUUUCUUUCUUUUCCUUUCGGUCUACCAUUGGGUAGCUCUUUUGGCCCACGGCUAGGUUGGUGCCAGGAGUUCUUGUUUGUUCAUCGUUAGUUGGGGGUUCGGGGCAAUAUCAUUAUUGUUUACAAGGAAACAACAACACUUGGGGCGGGUGUGGCUGGCCGGGGACGGGGCAUAUGUCAGUCACCUUUUCAGACGGUGGGAUGGGCGUGACACCGGGUGGUACUAUUCUCUUAUCUUUUUCUUUUUUUUUUUUCCUGCCUUGAGGGGAGAAUCUCCUCUCUCGGCUUUUGUCGCACGCGUGGGAGUGGCUUUGACAGGCGUAAUUGGGAUUUUGGGCACAGGUGGUAGGCGGUGUUUGGUAAUCAUUCAUGUUCAGACCUUUGACAUAGUUUGCUUUUGGAAUUCCAGGCUCUCGUUACGGAGACAUAUUAUUUA